UCAGAGCAGCGGCCCGACGCGGCGGCAGCCAGGUGGGUCCGACGCCGUCCCCGAGGCCCUGCCCGCGGCGGGGAGCACCGACUGCAGGAGCACCGCCCCGCGCGUCCCCCGGUCCCGGCCCGCUCAGCUCCCACCGUUCCCCCGGGGCCCGCCCCCGUUGCCAUGGCAGUGCGGCCCCUUCGUGGGUAGCGGCCAUGUCAACCCCCGGCACCCGGACGCUUCCUCAACCCCAGGCGUAGGUCAAGCGGCUCCCUGGGACUGCCUAUUCCCCUCCUGCCCGCGGUACUGCAAUGGCUGCAGGAGUUCUGCUGCAAAAUGAACUACCAUAUUCUUCAUUGCUAGAGAGCAGUUUUUAUCUUGCAAAUAUGAGUUCAGGAAGUUCGAGGCGUCCGACAGCAAAAUACACUAAAGUAGGGGAGCACCUUCGCCACGUCAUUCCUGGCCACAUGCAGUGCUCGAUGGCAUGUGGUGGCCGUGCCUGCAAGUAUGAAAACCCAGCUCGAUGGAGUGACCAGGAGCAAGCCAUUAAAGGGCUCUACUCUUCUUGGAUUACAGAUAACAUACUGGCUAUGGCUCGACCCUCAACAGAAUUAAUGGAAAAGUACAAAAUUAUUGAACAGUUUGAAAGAUGGGGCAUUAAAACCAUAAUUAACCUUCAGCGUCCUGGGGAGCAUGCGAGCUGUGGGAAUCCACUAGAACAAGAGAGCGGCUUCACCUACCUUCCUGAAGCUUUUAUGGAGGCUGGAAUUUAUUUUUAUAAUUUUGGAUGGAAGGACUAUGGAGUGGCAUCUCUCACUACUAUACUCGAUAUGGUAAAAGUCAUGGCUUUCGCCUUGCAGGAAGGGAGGGUGGCUGUUCACUGUCAUGCAGGACUUGGUCGAACAGGUGUUCUAAUAGCUUGCUACUUAGUUUUUGCAACAAGAAUGAGUGCUGAUCAAGCCAUUCUUUUUGUCAGAGCAAAAAGGCCUAAUUCUAUUCAGACAAGAGGGCAGUUGCUAUGCAUCAGAGAAUUCACUCAGUUUUUGGUUCCUCUGAGAAAUGUAUUUGCAUGCUGUGAUCCCAAGGCACACACAGUGACCCUGUCCCAGUACCUGACCCGUCAGAGGCAUCUGCUCCAUGGUUAUGAGAGUAGGCAUCUCAAACAUGUGCCAAAACUUAUUCAUCUAGUUUGCAAGUUGUUGCUAGACUUGGCUGAAAACAGACAAGUGAUAGAGGCAGAACUGUUAGAUCUACCAGAUCUCUCAGCUGAAAUUGAACAGACUGUUUCUCAGUUAGUGUCCACAGAGCUGCACAGAGAGCUUGCGAGGCAGGACAGUGAUACAUCCAACUCCCACACCAACUCGUCCAUUUUUGAGACUCAGGAUUCUCUUUUCUCUCUGGGACAUGACUGUGAUCCUCUUUGGAAAAGAAGGAAUGUUGAAGGCCUCCAGCCUCUUACUCAUCUGAAAAGGCGUCUAAGCUAUAGUGAGUCAGAUUUAAGGAGAACUGAGUUUCUUCUAGAACAAGGAGAAACUGCCUGGACAGUACCUGCUCAGAUAUUACUGUGCAAUAAACUUAACCAGAACAGUGGUGAGGAAUGUUCUGCCACAGAUGACCAAAAGCCACAGUUUGAUUUACACGAAGGAGCAUUAGUGCAUAAUACAUGCAUGUUCUGGAGUCAAGGUAAAUUCAAUCUGGAUGGACGAAAAGAUGGAUUCUCACUUCAUCACAGAAGGAACUCUACCAAAGAAAUGCCACGCAGCAGAACCUUCUCUUCAGGUCUAUCAUCUGUCCACAACACCAGGGAACCUGGAACACCAAGGCAUAAUUUUAUCAAUGAGACUGAUAAUAGAAAAGACCACAAGACUAAUAUGUAUAGCAGAAGAGUCUGUGUCUCUGAGGACUCGGAUUCUUCUUCUUCUUCUAAAGGGAACUUUUCCAUUGGAUGUGAAAGCCAAGGGAGCAAAGAUGUGUCAGAGGCAAUUCCACACAUUGUUAUACAGUCAGAAUUAAGUUUGGAAGCCCGAAGAGUUUUGGCAGCAAAAGCACUUGCAGAUGUAAAUGAAUUUCUGGAAGAGGAUGAAGUGAAGCAGAAGGUAGAAAUGUGGCAGAAAGAAUUGAAUGCUCGAGAUGGAGCUUGGGAUAAAAUCUGUACCGAGAGAGAUCCUUUUAUCCUCUGUAGCUUGAUGUGGUCCUGGAUAGAGCAGCUGAAAGAACCUGUUAUAUCCAAAGAUGAUGUUGACAUGCUGGCACAAAAAUGCACAGAGUCACAAGAGGCACUUUACUUACUGAGAAAGGAACAGUGUCAAACUAUCCUUUGUAUUUUACACUGUGUGGUGAACUUGCAAAUGCUACCAGCCAAUGUGGAGGAGGCCUUACUUGCUCGUGCUAUUAAAGCUUUCACUAAGACAAGCUUCGAUUCUGAAAAUGGACCAUAUGUUUAUAACACCUUGAGAAAAGUAUUUCGACAAACACUAGAAGAAAAAAGAAAAAAGCUUAAGAAAGGAGCAGAUAAUCCCUCUUGAUUUCUACACAGCUAUGCCGAAGAAUGAGAUGGGCCCACAUUUUCCAGCUAGUGUAUUUUGUGCUAUUUGGCAUGAUUUACCUAACUUUAGGUAACCGCAGAUAUUAACAAGGCAUUUUAUUUUCAUAAAGCGUGUUCUAGUGACAGUUGUUCUAUUUACACAGUUCUAAAGAGCAGCUCCUGUGUACUACAGCAUUUGGUUUCAGAUCCUGUGCUUUUAUAUUGUGAACUGUUUUCGCUUUCAAAUGUAUUUAUUGGUUUAGAAACCUCUGUCGUGGGCAAGCAACCUGACUUUCAAGUUGCGACUGCCGUAAGAUCAGUGCCAUGGUACACAAAGAUUUAAUGGAUGGAGUAAAUACGAAUUAUGAAUGUUUACAUUAAUUUUACUUUGCAGAAAAUAAAAACUGAACUUAUAAAACUCCA